AUGGCAAAGGGUUACGGUUUAGACGAUGACAGCGAUGAAGAUAUCGUGCAAUUUGACCAAGUUUAUCAAGAUCAUAUCGACGGUGAUGCCGAUGCCCCACCAACUCUAUCUCUAUCUCUAGAUGGCCAUGGUGAUGACCACGGCAACGUCCACAGUGAUGACGAGGUUAUGCUCGACGACGACGACGACGACUACAAUCAUCUUCACAACGACUCGUCUUUCGCGUUUGAAAACACGUUCGACGGUCGUGAUAGACCUCAUUCAGAUAAAUUCCCUGCCACUCUCGGUUUACAGCCUCAGAGAGUACAUGUUAUGCAGACUUCUUUCUUCCACAACGACGACGACAACGAUGUGGGCGACGUCGAUACUAAGCGCGGUAUUGCCCCGCCCAAGCAACACCUCCCAAAGCUGGUACACAACACGCAACACGCAAAUCAUACAGAGCAUGACACACAAAACUCAGAUAUACAACCUACACCAUCUCAAUCACCCUUCAGACCUCCAAUUCUGCGUAAAUUCAAACACACUGACACCAUUUUCCCCAAUAAUGCCAUUUUUCAUGAUGAAAACUUAGCCCUAGGGAGGUCAUUUAGAGUUGGAUUUGAUAAUUUUGAUCAGUUCACUCAUAUAUCCUCUGUAUCACCCACUGCAGUCUCAUUCAGCAGCUUCUCGAGCCCCACAAGUAGCAUUCAGAGUAUAGAAAAGUCACUCGCACUGCAAUUGAAACACACCACCAUCACUUUCGAUGAGGGUGCUGAGAUACCAGCUGCAACAACCAGCCACACGCUCAGAUUCGCUAGCUUUGUCGAUACGUUCAACCUCGAUGACUUAUCCCACGAACCGUCGUAUUGGCGACUAGGAAGGGCGUUAUUCGACGAGAUAGAUGUGCGUCUCCCCGACGACGCUCCCGAUACCCUCCGAAACAGAGUGAUGGCGGUCCGUCGAAAGGAGGCACUCUCGCAAUGGCUACAGAGCACCUUAUCCCAAGUGGUGGAAUCGGAAAUGAAACAUACUGAUGCUGAACCAAUUGCACGUAUAUUCACUCUUCUCAGUGGACACCAAAUCGCUCGCGCCGCCCAUCUCGCAGCAAGCAACGGUGACUACAAACUAGCUACCCUAAUAACGCAGACACCUGGCGAUGCGCAAUACAGACACGACCUCACAACGCAGCUACAAAGAUGGAAAGAAUGCAAAGCUGAUGCGCAAAUAGACGGGGGUUACCGCAAGGUGUACGGGUUAUUAGCGGGUGUAGUGAAUAAUCUCGACGGCAAUAGUAGCUUCGACGCAGCUGACAAAGCGGAAGAAAUUAAUGUAUCUGAGGACUUAGAUUGGCUGAGAUGUUUCGGGCUGAGGCUGUGGUACGCGACGCUUGACGAGGAGGGAGUGAACGAGGCUGUGAGUGCGUACGACACAGCACAUAGCGAUGAGGAUGGUCGAUUCGUACCUACUGCUGCUCCGCCUAUCGCGCCUCACUUCCAUGUCCACUCCCACUCUACCAGCAAACAAGAACCCAUCGACGCUCUCUAUUCUCUCCUAAAACUAUUCAUCGACCCCGCGUACACACUCGAAAAAGCCCUCGAGCCUAUAGGAUUCACCAGCUCGAAAAUGGACUGGCGCGUUAGCUGGCAUGUCUACACUAUCCUCUCGCGCGUCCUGCGCGUGCGAGAUUUCGGCCGUUUUGCCGUGGGGCUGGAGGAAGAGGAAGGAGUAACGAGCGAGGAGCAUUCAGAGGAAGAAAAGGUAGUCCAAGGACAUUCGCAGAAGGCCGAUGGACUCACAGUGAGCUACGCCGCGCAAGUUGAGCAGAUGGGGCUAGCCGCGUGGAGUGUGUUCAUACUACUACACAUCGAGCUCGACGAGAUGCGAGAGUGGUCCGUGAAGGAGAGUCUAACGCGCAAUGUAGCAGGAUACACAGCGGCUGACGAGGCAUUCCUCACUGAAACCCUCCUUGUACCCGCCACCUGGCUGUUUAGGGCGAAAGCGACGCAUGCGCAGUACAAAGGCGACAGAUACGCGCAGUACAAGCUGCUGCUAGCGGCGGAGAUGCACAGCGAGGCACACGCGGUGGCGGUGGACGUGCUCGCUCCAGAGGCUAUUAUACGCGACGACCUCGCUCUUCUCAGACGCCUGCUCGAGCCACUGGUCACCGAAUCCGUCGAUGGCUGGGCUAGCAGGGGCAAGUUACUGUGGGAGUAUGUGGACGUCGUUGAGAAGGUCCCGCAGAUGGUCCUCGGCGGGGCUAGAGAGACGGCUGAUGCGGCUGAACGGACACACCUUCGCGACAUGUAUCGCAGACUGCCGAUACUGAUCAAGUCGUUAGGUGGCGUGUGGAAGGGAGACAGCGUGCAGUAUCAGAUAACGCUUUGUGAAAUGACAGAGAGGCUGCUCAAUAUGGAGAGAGUACUGCGCGGAUACAUGAGCACACCGCGCGAAUCGCAGAGUGACGUCAUGGACCCAUUCUACUCGUCCACCUCCACACACCUCCUCCUCACUGAAGGCGCCAGGCUCGGUUUGCUGGAGAAUGAGUCGUAUAGCGUAUUGAAGACGUCAUUAAUGUAA